UAGGUUCUGUGCCUUGUAAAAGAAACAUUUUGAAAAUGUUUCGUAUAGUUUUGGGUGUGGUGGCCGUCGCGCUGACGGUGGCGGCUCUACCUUCCCGGAAGCCGGAACCAGGGGAUCUCGCUCUUAUGCUAAACGAGGAGGAGUUCGAAGACUACCUCGAUUCCUGGCUGGCGGUCGAGGAGCAGAGCUGGGUUAACGCCUCCGCUGCCGUUCAACCCCGAAGCGGCUGCAGCAUCAGAGUGAACGGGGACUUGGGUCAGCCGCAGCCGAUCUUCAUCCGGCGCAGCACCAACACGUAUCCGGCAGGCACCGGCAACUCCGGCGUCAUCCACCUCAACACCGGCGAGGAGGUCAUCGUGUCCUGCCCUGGCUCCGGCCGCACCAUCCUCCAUCCCCAGCAAUCAGCCUCCGUGCAAACUGGUAACGUGCAAUGCGUGAGCGACGCUCAGGUGACCGGUCUCGGGUGGCUGAAUGGAGUCGGCGAGUUCGGUCAUCUGACGUGCACGUCACACUCCUUCUACGAGGCCAUCGCCACCAACGAGCGCUGCUACAACAACCACGUCAUGUUGAGCGUGGGCUUCGUCGUUAACAACGUGUUCCACCCGCUGUACCACUCGUGCUUCGACCAGACCCGGCUGGAGGUGCUGUACGUCCGCUACGAGCAGAAUCCGUGGAACGCCGUCCACCAGACCGGAGUCACCCGACCCAGCUGGAUCGCCGGUGGUUUCUUCCCGGGCGUGGCGAUCAACACCGUGUACACGCAAGUGCAGCAGAAGCAGGCGAUCGCGCAGCUGGUGGGGUCCGCGCUGGCUGACGUGUACGUCACCUCAACGCAGUUCCUCGCCCGCGGACACCUGGCCGCCAAGACCGACUUCGUGUACGCGUCCGGCCAGCGAGCCAGCCACGUGUUCAUCAACGCCGCGCCUCAGUGGCAACCGUUUAACGCCGGCAACUGGAACUGGCUGGAACAGAACCUCCGUCAACGUAUCGGCGAGGCGGGUUACAACACCGUGAUCUACACGGGCACGUUCGGCGUGAGCCAGCUGCGCAACGCCAACGGACACUUCGUCGACAUCUACCUGAACGGUGGCACCGUCCCCGUACCCCUCUACUACUAUAAGGUGGUAUACGACGCGUCGAGGAGUAUAGGCACAGCGUUCAUCAGCAUCAACAACCCCUACUACACGCUCGAGGAGGCGCGCGCGAUGCAGUUCUGCACAGACCGCUGCCGCAACAACGCCGCAUUCAACUGGCUGAGGUGGCAGCCCGACCGCCUCGACAUCGGCUACAGCUUCUGCUGCACCGUCGACGACUUCCGACGAAGGAUCCCCCAUCUCCCCGAAUUCACUGUCAACGCUCUCCUAUCAUGAUUCAUAAAAUAUAUUCCAGGGAUAUUUGUAAAUAAAA